CCCCACCCUCCCACGUGGUUUCCGGUUCCGCCAACAGCGAUGGCCGCCGUUGGGAUAAUGGCGGCAGUCGUUGAAGGCGGCGGAGUUGUUGAUGUUGGAGUUGUUGUUGAUGUUGGAGUUGUUGGUGGUGGUGGUGGAGUUGCUGGAGAGGAGCCGAUGGACGUGGAGGAGGUGGCGGACGACGGCGGCGAGGAGGAGGUGGACAACACAGAGGCGACAGCUGCGUCUGUGUGCGUGAGAAGAACUCUCACGAAUCUCCUCCCGGAUACGAGUCGCAAGUACGAGAACAAGUCCGGGACUUUCAUCACUGGGGUGGAUGUCACGUCCAAGGAGGCUGUAGAGAGGAAGGAGCAGCGAGCGAAGAGGUUUCACUUCCGUGGCGACGAGGAGACACCUCACAGCGCCGUCGUCAUUGACAAGGACGCGCUGAGGAAAGCUGUGCCGGAGGUGCGUCUGGAUGCACUGUUCUUGGCCGGGGUGGACGACAUGAGCACCGAAGAGAUCUUCACUCUCUUCCAGAACUACGCUCCAGCCUCCAUUGAGUGGAUCAACGACUCCUCCUGCAACGUGGUGUGGCUGGACGAGGACUCAGCGUCGCGAGCGCUGCUCAGCCUGAGCCAGGCCACAAACUCCGAGCCGCUGCCCAAAGCCCCCGAGAAGCCGCGAGGUGCGCGAGUUGAUGACGAGUACCUGAGUCUGAUGAGCGACGGGGACACGGAGGAGGAGGAGGAGGAGCCAGGGGAGUGGGCGGUGGCACCCAGCAACUCUGAGCAGCAGCAGGGACAGCAGCAGCAGGGGGGUGAGGAGGAGCAGCGGGGGGCGGAGUUUGUGGUGUUGAGGAACGACCUCCGCCUUGUCACUGCUGCCCACACUCGCCCCUCCCCCCUCUACAUGCGCUUCUCUACCGCAGGAGACAAGAAGGAGUUGGGGGCCGCUAGGCGGAGCCGCUACUACAUGAAGUACGGCAACCCCAACUACGGCGGGAUGAAGGGGAUCAUCAGCAGCUCCUGGAAGCGCCGCUACCACUCGAGGCGUCUGCAGCGCGACGUCUUCAAGAAGAAGUCGCCCAGCAGCACCGGGGCAGCGUUCAGUCGCUCACACAGCGGCGAGCUUCGCGAGGUCCCCGAGGAGACAAUCUUGGAGGAGGACGAGGAGGAGGAGGAGGAGGCGGAUUUGCCGGACUUUGCCGAUCGGCGUCGCAAAGCCGCCACCUCGGCCACCGCGGCCACCACCACCACCACCACCACCACCUCGGCGGUGGUUCACAACCGCGGGCACGGCCGGCCGAACGUCUCCCGGCCACGGCAAUCGGACUCGGACUCUGCCGAUGACGACGAGGAGGAGGAGGAGGAGGAGGAUGACGACAUGGACUACGAUCUGGAGCUGCGGAUGAUUUCUCAGCCGGCGCAGCUGCAGCUGCUCGUGGUUGGCACCGCCGCCACUGCCGCUGCGGCACCACCGGCGGUGAAGUGUGGCGGUGGCGGUGGUGGCGGUGGUGGUGGUGGCGGUGGUGGUGGCGGUGGUGGCGGUGGUGGCGGUGCAGCGAUCCGGCUGUCAAGGAUGACGAUGUACGCGGACGAGGUGGAGGCUCGGCUGAAGACGAUCCGGCAAGCGGUGCGGGGAACGCGCAGUGGAGGUGGCAUCAAACGGCGCCUCGGAAAACGACUUCACUCUCCCGACCGCCCAUCCCUCCCAUCCUCCGGCGGCGGCGGUGGCGGCGGUGGUGCAGGAUCAUUGCCGUCCCGGGUGAAGGUGUCGGCGCUCAGGCGCGAGGCCACAGACAUCCGGUCCAGGCUCGGGCCCAGGCUCACCACGACCGAAGACAAAUCUGGUGAGCGUGGUUGGUGA